AUGAGUGAGACCUUUGAACUGUCGACAUGGCAGACUGUCUCAGCCGUCACUUCAACAUUGAUAGCCUUGAAAGUCUUACUAAUUCCAUGCUAUACUUCCACUGACUUUGAGGUCCAUAGGAAUUGGAUGGCUAUCACGCACAAUCUGCCGCUUUCAAAGUGGUACUAUGACUCAACGUCGGAGUGGACCCUUGAUUACCCACCAUUUUUUGCAUAUUUUGAAAAGUGUCUGGCCACUAUUGCUUACUACUGUGGCCUAAAAGAUAUCUUAACCCUACAAAAAGAGGCUCUGUUAAACAAUCGAGUGUUAUAUUUCCAACGUUUGUCAGUCAUUGGUGCGGAUAUUUUCUAUAUUUUGUCUUGCAUUAUUUUCUGUUUUUGCGAUUCACCUCGAUGGAAAGCUCUCCCAAAGAAGUUGCAAGAGAAAGCUAAGAUAGCCACUCUAGUAGUGCUUUCAUGCCAUAGUGGCCUUCUUUUAAUAGAUAACAUUCAUUUUCAAUAUAAUUCCAUGCUUACUGGAUUGCUUAUUCUGUCGGUUUACUUUGCUGACUGCGAAAAAUACCUGCUGUCAGCCCUAUUUUACUGCAUUUUGCUAAAUUUCAAACAUAUUUAUCUAUAUUAUGCACCAGCAUACGUCAUCUUUAUGCUACGAAGUUACUUUUUCCGCAGUUUUGACGAUUUGUUCGAGUUCACCCGGACGAUAACUUCAGGACUGAAGCUCGCUACAGUGAUGGCGAUUCCAUUCAUGAUAUCAUUUGGCCCAUUUAUUUGGCAGGGAGGUAUAAGCGGGCUUUUUCAGAUACUGAGUCGACUUUUUCCUGUAUCUAGAGGUUUAACUCAUGCUUAUUGGGCUCCUAACUUCUGGGCCAUCUAUAAUGUCAUGGACCUCGUACUGUAUCGUUUAUUGGCCUUAUGGAAACCUCAGCUAUUCACAGCACCUACAUAUAGUUCUGGACUUGUUCAGGAGUACGAACAUUCAGUGCUACCCACCAUAACUCCGUUACUUUCUUUGCUGUUUGUGGUGAGUUCGCUCGUCCCGCUAUUCGGUGCGAUGUUCAAGGGAAAACUGCCGGAUUUCUGCACAUUGCUGUCACUUAGCGCCUUUUCCUUCUUCUGGUAUGGUUACCAUGUACACGAAAAGGCAAUGCUUUUGAUGGCAAUCCCUUUGCUAUGUGUUGCAUUCACGGAUCCUAAAUUUAUCCGAUUGACUGUGCUUUUCUCCAUAAUCACAGCUACUUCCCUGUUUCCACUACUUUUCACUUUAUUCGAAAUCCCGAUAAAAUACUGCGUAUCAGUCACAUAUACGGUACUGUUGCUUCUUAUGGUGAGGUAUGUUUUUCGGAUAGAUAUUCAGUCCUUGAUGACAUUCUCAUCGCUUAUGUAUGUUCUCGGACUGAUCUUUCUGGAGUUCUACGGCACCUUUGUUCAUCAGGCCUUAUUUGGAUCGAAUUUGGCAUUUUUACCUCUGAUGAUGAUAUCGCUGUACAACGCUAUUGGGGUGCUGUAUUGUUAUGUUUGGCUCAUUGUCCUGGUUUUUGAUGAUGACAUCGGUGUAGCAUAUAAAAAGAAGCAUUGCGAGCUAGUUGAGGGUUUUAUCAAGGCAGGUCACUACCCAGUUCAAACAGUGGAAUCGAUUGAGGAAGUAGAGGUCGUCGGCGGCAUUGAUAUCUCCACUUCUAAGAACAAUAAUGACUUUGCAGUGGUGGCUUUCAGUAUUUUUGAAUAUCCGAGUAUGAGGCGCCUUGCGAUUUUUGAUGACGUAGCGGUCAUAACGAAUCCAUACAUAACCGACUAUCUAGCUGUACGUGAAGCAGCUCCCGUGGCGGAUUUUAUAAAUAAAGUUCUCGCGGAUCAUCCUGAUCUUCGUCCGGAUGUCAUACUGUGUGAUGGAAAUGGGCAGUUUCACAUCAGGAGAUGUGGACUUGCCUGUCAUAUUGGUGCCUUGACCGGUAUAGCAACCAUUGGAGUGGCGAAAAAUCUCAACCUUUCUUUGCUGAAGUCAGUAGGAGCUCGCGAGGAUGUGAUAAAGGCAGCUGAUGAGCUCAUCGCAGAUGUCUCCUCUCAAAGCGUCGAUGGGUAUGCUCCAUUCGACGUCCUUUUACCGGUGCUGAUGAAUGUCACAAGGCUGGGUGGGUCAAAAGUGCCUGUCUAUGUUUCGGCCGGUUACGGUAUCGAAUUGGAUCUGGCGACGAACUUAGUGAUAUCGACCGCCAAAAAUCGAAUUUGUGAGCCCAUACGAAGUGCCGAUCUUCAUUCGAGGGAGAAAGUGCGGGAGUAUUUUGAUGGUUGA